AUGGAUAAUCUUGUUAAAGUUACAUUGAGGUCUCAGACCAUAUUCAGUGGCUUUCUUUUUGCAUUCUCUGUGAUUUCCUGGUCCACUGUCAUUGAUCAACUUAGGGACCAUCAAGGCAAAGACAGGCUGCAAUUCAACUGUGUGCCCAAACAAAUUGAAUUCAAAAGACAGCGUUGUUAUGACAAUUACACUUCUGCCAUGAGUCCACUCUUAACACCGCUGGAUUUUGCUGGUAUUACCUUUGGUGUGUCAGGAUGUGGCUGGCUGUUUGUUACGCUUAUGGGUGUCGAGAUGUUGCGACGUAUCCACAAAGAGACAAAUAGAAGAAGGCAAAAAACGUUGAAGAAACAAUUUUUGGGGGUGUUUAUUGGUCACAUUUGCCUCCAGUUUGUCCUUCUAGUUGCCAUGAUUGUACUGUUCUUGCGUUACCAGAAACUUAAAUACCCUGCGGAGUAUAGUUGCUUUUCAGCAAACACAACGCUUACAUCAUUCAACCGAGAAGCGAUUACUAUUACUUGCAACGACUUACGAUACAAAGAGAAAUCAAAACUCAACAUUGCUAUUAUUGUGGUCUUUUCGGUAUCCAUUUUAUUCUGUUUAUUGACCAUAAUUCAGUUGGCAAUAUCAAAGGAUGAGCUAUCUAAGCUACUGCUAGGAAAUAUCGAAGAAGACCAUAACGAGGAGGAGAACAGACCUUUACAAGGUGAGUUACUAACAAUGUUAUCAACACUAGUCCUCAACGCCGCCUCACUCACUAAAGAGCACCUUUCUGUAAAUUAUUAUUUUGAUCGAACAAGGGACGUAUUAAAUUGUAGUUGUCUUUAUAGUUACCAGGUACCAUUUUUAUUUACUUCUGCCGCCGGCCCACCCGCCAGCGGCAUUUACUUUAAUUGUGAAGGGCAUAUUAGAUGGAAUGAAAGUCAUUAGUCGCUGAGCGUCGUUUGCAAGUGAACUAUCUUAGAAAUUGUUGUAAUAAGUUUAUUUUUACUCUGCUGAUUGUAUAAGACAUGCUCUGAUUAGUAAAAAAAAAAAAAACCAAGAGAGAAUGAAAAACCAUAUCCCGCAGUGAACACCACAUCGCGAGGUUAACAUUGAUGUUGCAAGACAAAGAACACCUGGAUAGGAGGCUACGUACCAGAGUUACGGUGGCUUGACCCCGUUUUCAGUGAUAAAUAACCACCAUUGCACAUUGUUGAAUAUAAGUAAACAGCAAGAUAAUUUAAAGCACAGAGGUGAACUACAUAUUACUGUAUAACGUUCGUCAAUGAUUACGUUUACAUUAAAAAUUAUUGGAAAUUAAUAACACAAUAACUGAAAUCCUUUAAUUAAAACGAGGCCAAAUUUUACUUUCUACGCAAAGUUGAAAUGUCUGUUUCUUGAACGCCAAAUGCAUUGUUUAUGAUUUGUUUUUAAUGUAGAAGCCAAAAAUUUCAAAUAAAGUAAAAAUUAUCUAAAAUUUGUACUGACAAUGCAAGAGAGUUACGGGACGGACCAUUAGAAAACGUACCGGGGGGGGGCGGGGGGGGGGGGGGCAGACGGAGAACAAAAAAUAAAUUUUCAAAAGGGAAAAGAAAAAUAAAAAAAAUUCAUACAACACAUAUAAUAAUAAAAAAUUUUAACUCCUGUCUCAAAAAAAACAACCAAAAAAAAAAUAUAAACCCAAAAUUAAAUUAAAAAAUAAAAUUAUAUAUUUUUUAUAUAUGAGUUAUUGUAUUUAUUGUGAUUUGAUUUAAAUUAAUUUAUAUUAAUUAAUAAUUAAAAAAAAAAAAAAAAAAAAAAAAAAAAAAAAAAAAAAAAAAAAAAAAAGAAAAGAGGAGGGAGGGGGAGGGGGGGGGGGGGGGGGGGGGGGGGGGGGGGGGGGGGGGGGGGGGGGGGGGGGGGGGGGGCGGACGAAGUACAAAAAAAGUAUUCGCGCAAGGGAAAAUUAAAUGAAAAAAAAUUCAUGCACGCCAAUUAAUCCUAAAAAAUAUUCAUGCUGUGGCCUAAAAAAAAAUCAUACAAGAAGUUUGAUAACGCAAAAAAAUUCCUGCGGCUCGAAAAUUCCCCUCUCCACCCAUAACUUUUCUAAUAGUCCGUCCCUAAAUGCACAAUGUUUAGUCAUAUAAGCAGCUUCAAAAACGAUUAUUCGAGAUUUCCCAAAAACUGAGGAUAUAUUUCAAUGGUGGUGGUCUCUCUGUCAAUCAAUCAAUCAAUCAAUCAUAUCUUUACUUCAAUUCGGAUAUUAGAGCAGUAUUUCUGCUAGUAUCUCCGAAAGAGAAAUAAUAAAUACCUUGAAAUAGAAAUAGAAAUAGUGCAAUUUAAAAAAUACAUGUAAUAUUGACAUCAAUUACACACAUAAUUAUGUACUUCGAAGAUAGAUCGAGAUUUAAAAAUUUGAUUAUUUCCGUUAACCAAUCAUUUAUAAUAAGUUUCGCCAGUUUCGAAAUGAUUUUCAUCAAAGUUAACUGCAUGUUGUUAGCAAUCGAAUAACAACGAUUUAACCCAUAGUCAGAAAACUUCAGUCCUUUGAAAGACUGCUUUCACCAAACAAGACAAUUCUCUAUUUUCCAUUGACGCUUUACCCACUUUACCCAUUUAAAUGAACACAUUUAUAAGAAGUUAUCAUGUUGCAUCGCCGUUGUUCGGUGACAUGAUUGACCUUAUGACAUGCACCAGGUCUACCAGUGUACCAUGUUCAUUAAAAUGCAAAAUAGUUUGGUACUAAAAACGCUCUGAUAAUCACCUGCAUAGUACGUGUUUUUCUUUAAUCCCCCUCAACGUCAGUGAAUGCCGUGAAUUGUAAAUUUUCAAUCUUGUUCAAAUGUAUUCUUGUUGCUGUUACAGAUGUUGUUUCAAAACAAGAGUCUGCUGAUAGAGAUCACUCAAAAACAGCAUUCAAAAUGCUCACAGUCCCAUGUUCUCUGAGCAUUGCGAAUGACGAACCAACUUGCCGUAAAAAUGUAAUUAAAUCAUUGCUAAAAAAAACUCGUCCAAGUUUGCAUGAAAAAUGUGCAAAAUGAAAUGAAUUUUCAGCUAUGGAGGAAUGUAGCUAGUGCUCAUUGUUUUGCCACAAAGAGUAUAACGUCGAGACAGUGAAUAUUUUGUAACACGGAGUCUUAGGCAUGUUCGUAAAUAUAAAUAUAAAAGUUUCUGAGUUUGAGUUCCCGACUAAAAAUGAAUGAGAAGUGAGUGAAAUUCAGGGCUCUACUGUAAUCUAUUAAAUUCAGUGAGGAGAAUUUCAAUUAAGUAAGUCUAUUUGCAAGGGCAGAGCAAGGACCUUUUAGUCAGGAUGGGACUGGGGGGCGGAAUUACAAACUUUGACCCUUUUCACAGGUCAAUGGGUCACAUACUUAAGUCAUUAACAUUUUGUCUUUUAUUGUUGAAUGUCCAGAUCAUGGAGAGGCAAGUAGUGCAGGUGGUCCUGUUAGACAUGGUGUUGCUGGGCCUUCAGGUUUAAACAUGAAGCAGACUCAUCCUGACCAAGGUAUACAACUACUAAGGGUAUAUUGGUAAUGAAACCCUGUUAGAGUCAUGAUAUUAUUAGAAAGAUUAAACAACCACAUUGACGACAGCAAUGAGAAUGUCAAAAAGCAAUACGUUUAAUAAGCAAAGUAAUAACUCUGCAAGUACAUAAUAAUUUUUCUGAAUAGUCACUGCGCGACUACAACGUGAAGUUUCCUUAUGCGACGUUCUUGGGAGGACUUAAACACAUGACAAAUUUUUCUUUCUCUUUCUGAACUUGAAAACGGUCCUUCAGAGCCCCCUAAGAGCACAUCGUACUGUGUACGUACUAGUUUUUCCUUACACACAUACAAUAAUAGUUAAUUAUGUAAAUUUUUUGUGGCGAAUGACAUCUGACAAAUUGAGAGAAAUGAAGGGCCUCAUUGGUUUGCUUUUUCCCCAAGAAACUCGUUUUCCUCUUAGAAAGAUGACCAGUACUAUUACAUCUAGAAGUAUUCUCCAUGAAAUUUUCCUGAUAAAUUAAACAUGAAUUCCUGCUGUAUUUGUUUUUAUUCUUGAAUGUGCAGAUUUUGGAGAGGCAAGGAGUGCGGGUGGUGCCGUUAGACCUGAUGUGGCUGCAGGGCCUUCAGGUUUAAAUAUGAAGCAGAGACAUCAUGACCAAGGUAUACAACUAGUAAAAGUAUAAUUAAUGAAACCUUAUGCUAUGAUCACGGGAAACUGCAGAGGAGACUGGCUCUGCACGGGCGGAUCUAGGGGGACAAGACAAAGGGAUAAAAAUAGUAAAAAGAAAAUUAAAAAAACCCUAAGCUAUGAUCACGGGAAACUGGAGAGGGGACUGGCUCUGCACGGGGGGAUCUGGGGGGGGGGGGUAGGGGGUGCGCACCCCCCCCCCCCCACCUCCGAGAUGACCUGCGGUUUUCUAAUACAACUGGUAUUCUGCAAAAAAAAAAACUAUGUGGUUUAUGGGUGUUGAAGUAGAGCAAGAGACGAGUGCACCCCCUCCUAAAAAAAAUCCUGGAUCCGCCCCUGCUCUGAAAGCCGGCAACAGUCAAAGAUGACAAGAACUGAGCUGACCGUGCACAAGCUUUUGUUUUGGUUCACUAAUUAUGACUGAAUAAAUAAAUGGGACGUUCGCUAGUCAGUUCACAAUGAUAGGAAUGCUGUUGUAUAAUUAACGUCGUGCACCGGUUAAGGCCACAAAAGUUAAAAACGUAUGACAGAGAAUUUAGACGGGCUUCAUAACCAUUGCACUUCAUUAACUAUGGCUUAAAGGACCACAUCAGUGACAGCUACGAAAAUGUAGAAAAAGCAAUAAACAACAAUUCUAUUUGUGCGUCACAGUAUAUUUUGUGCCCCCACUGAACGACUACAACGUGAAAUCAUUUUUCUGAUUCGACGUUUUAUGGGGAAACUUGAAUACGUUCCAGCAUCCAAUCACGUUUGCCUGCACUUGAAAUUUGAGCGAGUUGGAAUAAUCACAUUAAAGUUUAAAAGAAUACAAAUAGACUUCCAAAUAGGCUGAUCUCUAUUAACAAGCUGGUGUCGUGGUAUUUAAGCAUUUCAGAGGGGAUCAUGUGGUUGUAAUCGAGCGAUUUUCGUUAGACCAUGAAAAAAUGUUUUCCCUAUUAGCGCUGGGUAAAUAUGAUAUGAGCAAAUGACAAUUUGCUUGAUUUCCCUAAGAUCAGUAUUUCAGUAUGUGAAUUUGUAAUCUCAAAGGCAAACCCCAUGGCGUAAAGUGUGUAUCAUAAUACACCCACAUACAAGAAGCUGCUUGAUACAACUAUGUUCUUAUAAUUGUACGCGGGUUUUUACCGUAAUCAGAACUACUUGUAUUAAAAUGAGAACCAGAGGAAAUGUUUGGAGAGCUGCGUGGAUUCAGUGAUGAUUCUUAGUAAUCUGGAAUUUCCAAGAGGCUAUAGCUAGAUGCAUAUGACACUAAGCUGCAGGUUUUUAAUUUUAGGUGGCCUUCUAAUAUACCUUAAUAUUAUUCUUUGUGUUUAUUCUUGAAGGUCUAGAUCAUGGAGAAGCAAGUAGUGCAUGUGGAACCGUUAGACCUGGUGUUACUGGGCCUUCAGAUUUAAAUAUCAAACAGACUCAUCAUAAUCAAGGUAUACAACUACUAAGGGUAUAAUGAAACCCUGUUAGAUCGUCCAAAACCUUUUUGUUAAAAUAUAGUUCGUAGAGGUGACUGGUUAUGAAAGCUGGCAAAAAUCAAUGGUGUUGCUGUUUAUGUUAAGGGCUCCCUUACCAUGCACAAUCGUUUGAUUUUGGUUCGUUUCUAUUGGUUGUUUCAGUCGAAAUGAUAGGAAUGUUAUUAAACGUUGCGCACGGUCAAGUUAAAGCUAACCUAACCCUUGCACCUUAUAAUAUAACUGUGGUUUCUAAACAACCAAAUCGGCAACAGCUUUGAGAGAAAGAGGAUUUGCCAUGUGCUUAUAAAAUAAUCGCCGUAAUGGUGGAAUAAGUCUUAUAUCUGAGAGUCUGCAAUACAGCCACAACAAUCCCUCAAUUAAGUGGUAUAGAUAGGAAGAUUAAAGUGUGCAUUCGAGCCAAGUGGCCCAUCCGGCUGCAAGGGUUCUAAUAGAAAUUUGAAUAGGUUUGAAUAGUUGCUCCUUAAACCUCAUGCGUUUUAUUGGCAAAACUACAAAGAAAUGAGCGAAAAAUUAACUGACGUUUACAUAACUAAAGCAUAACGUAAAACCAGUCGGGGCCUUAAUCACGAAAAACAUUAUGAUUAGUAAGUUUUCAUUCAGAUUUAAUGAUAUAUUUUUUACCACACUAUUAAAACUAGUUGCUUCUUCUUUUUUCUCCCUUUGUUCAAAACUACUAUGUUUACACAGAGCCGUCAAUCACAGCAGAUUCAUGAAACCGGUUUUGAUAAUGUCGUAAACAAAAAAAUCAUUAAGUUCGCGACUAGAGGCUGAAAUUCAGGCCAUUUUUAUUCUUUAAUGUCCAGAUCAUGGGAAGGAAAGUAGUGCAAGUGGUUCCGUUGGGCCUGGUGUUGCUGCAGGGCCUUCAGGUUUAAAUAUCAAGCAGACUCAUCAUGACCAAGGUAUACAACUACUAAGAAUUUAAUGAAACCCUCGUAGGAUAAUGGAAAACUGUUUUUUUGCGCGUGUUCUGAAGUUUAUGUUGGGAGAUUUCUGACCGUGCAGAUUCCUUUGUUUUGGGUUCACAAAUUGUGACUGAAUAAAUUAAUGUGAUAUUUCUAUUGGUCAGUAAGUUUAAAAUAAUAGGGAUGCUGUUGAACGUUGUGCACAGUUAUAUUUAGUCCAAAAAUACUACCAAAAACUGACAUAUAUGAGACAAGUCUGACGGGCUUCAUGACGAUUAAACUUUAUUUAUGGCUUUUGGAUUGGUUCUAGGACAGGGCAUGAGCAAAUCCUUGUUUCAGGAAUGACGUUUAAAUGGCUAAAAUAUAAGUGAAACCGCCUGGUAUGUGGCUGUCAACUGAUCCUGACAUGGCUUUAAAAGGUUAAAUUACAAAGAAAAGACUGAAAAAAAUAGGAAGGUUUUUGAGUUGCUGGAAAUACCAGUUAGGCUCGCGUUGUUAGGGAAAAUUACUGUUACAAAUUACAAGUGGUUUACUUCAAAUCACUUCAAAUCACGUUUAUUGUCCCUUUUGCAGUCAGAAGACUGAAUUGUAGGAUACCUUACAAGCUGUGAUAUAUAUACUAAUACGCUACAUUUAUUGACAAGACUAAUAUUUAACACUAACAAAAUUUGAGAAACGUUCAGUCCUUGUGGCCAUGGGCCUGCUAGAACUCCCUGAUCUUAGACACACACUGGUAGAUAUAGGUACCACUCUGUUGUGUAUUAGAUUACCUGGCCGAACCUUACCUAUAAAUUUAAUGCACGAGAAAGCCCGACGGUCAGAGAGAGUGGAUAAUGCAGCUUUGUCAAGUGCUGUUAUAACAACACAAAAAAACACAAAAAAUAUGCAGACCAAACAAACGAGUGGCCGCCAUGACUGGCGCCGCGUGACAAUAAAUGAUAUACUUGCUCUCCCCAUUGCGGUAAAAUCAUCACGCUAUAAAGGGAAUAAAUGAUGUUUUACCAUUUCCUCCUAUGGAAUGAUAAAGGUGACAAAAUCAAGAGAAAAGUUAUGAUCAGUGAACCUGAGUAUGGAGGCCUGAAGAUGAUUGUAAACAACAACGGAAACUGGAAACUUCUCUUCGAUUUAGAACUGAAAAUGAACGGCUGCGAGUUCAUUAUCUCAAUGUCUCUGACACUAAGAAAGGAGUUUGGGUUACGGACCGUUUUGGUUCAACUCUUUAGUAAGGAUAGAUAGUAAACCGACUUUUUUUAAAGAGUGUGGUUUGAAGGAGGUAUCUCCAAAGUUAAACACCUCCAACCAGGGAACAGUAAUUUUCUGACGCUCAAAGAUUUUGCCUCUAAACAUGACUAAAGAGUACGCCCGCUCAGCUUUUACGGUCUAUUAUCAGCUGUUAAACAAAUUCGCAACAAUGUUACCGAUACGGCUGAGACAAGAGACGAUGACUUUGAAACAUAGUGACAAAAUUGUCAAAAGAUAAAGCCGGGCCAUUAAUUUACAAAAAACUGAUCAAAGCAAAAAGUUUAACCCCACGUACAAUUAAAAGCCAACGAAAGUGGCUUCAAGACUGUAACUACUCAGACGAAGAAGAACAAUUUAAUUGGGAGCCUGCCUAUCAUAUGGCACUGACAGUGCACAAAAAGCACCCAACUGAUUGAGUUUGAAUUUAAACUAUUAUUUACAUAGGCGCAUACCAACCGAUGAUUUCUUUCUUAAAAUAGGAUGAAAAGAAAACGACAACUGUACUUUUUGCAAUAACUCCUCAGAGACGCUAAUUCAUCUUUAAAAAAAAACGAAAAAACGAAAUCCCUAUGUGGCCCUCCUGGGCUUCCGUAGCAGCCGUGCUCAGCUGGCUCGACUGUAGAUCGACUGCAGCACGACACUAGCACGACUUUGUUUCAGACGUCGAAUUUAAUUCAGUCGAAUAGAACGGCUGUUGCCGAAAACAAAACACAAUAAUAAAGAAACGGUUUGGCAAACUUUCAAAUGUACUUUAACGUAUUUAUAAUUAUUUAUGAAUUGAGUUCGGCAUGGCAGUAGCGCGACGUUUGAAACCAAGUCGAGUUACUGCCGUGUGCUACACGGCGGUAGCACGACUUGGUUUCAAACGUCGCGCUACUGCCGUGGUAAAGUCAAAUUUAAUUCGAUCAAUUUAGUUCGGCACUGCAGUAGCACAACGUUUGAAAGGGCCUUACUACCUGAUCACUUUUUCCUGUUUUCUGUUUUAGGCGAUAACAUAGGACUAACAACUUAAGACAAGAGUAAUAUGUGUUCCAUUACCACGAUUUUUAUCUAAAAUUACCCACCCUUUACCCUCAGUAAUCAAAAGAUCAGCAACAACAUUUUUUGAUUGGGCUUUGCCUGAAGGGCAAUCCAAUAAUAAAAUAUAAAAAAAAUAUGUAUACUUGUCCGUUUUAAGCUACAUUUGUUUGAAUGUAAAAGAAAAUAAAAAGGGUUCCAGGGUGGAAUUGGUGAACGUCCUCAAUGGAACAUAUUGAAUUUAGAUAUUAAUGGCUGUACCAUUUAUGAUUAAAUGAACUAUUUUAUUACAUAAUAGGGAAUGUACAGUACAGUCUAUUGCAAAGGUAGAUACCGGCUGAAAAAAAUGAGCUUUUGACGGGAGCAUAUUUUGACGGAGUACGGGUUCGAUCUUAAUUAUAAGAACAGAAUUUUGUGAUGUACGAGCUUAUGUGCAGUGUACAGACUAGUUUUUCCCUACACACUUUCUAAGGUUAUAAAGAAAGAUGUUGGACAAAUAAAGAGAAAUAAAGGGCCUCGCUUGCCUUAUUUGCAAGAAACUCUUCUCCCCUUGAAUUGUGACCAGUAUUAUUAAAUCUAGUAGUAUUCUCCAUGUAAUUUUCCUGAUAAAUCAAAAACGAAUGUCAUGAGAAUAAGCAAUAUUAGGAUAACAAUAGUAAAAUUAAAUAUUUCAACUUGUAUCUCAAUGAGUUACGAAGGAAAUGUUUGAAGAACAGCGUGGAUUCAGUUAUGAUUUUGAGCAAUGUGAAAUUUUAAUAUUCUAGAUAAUAUCAUUUUAUGCCGGAUUCAGUUUCAUCCUAUUAAUUAUUUCAUUAACAAUCAUGCUGCAUUUGCUUUUAUUCUUGAAUGUCCAGAUCAUGGAGAAGCAAGUAGUGGAGGUGGAACCGUUGGACCUGGUGUUGCUGUUCCUCCAGGUUUAAAUAUCAAGCAGAGUCAAAAUGACCAAGGUAUACAACUUACUAAAAGUGUAACGAAACCCUUUUUAGCCUGAGAAAACAGCAGACAUUUCGCGACGCCUUCUUUGGUUUCCCCGAGGAAUGACAUUUGAAAAACGAGCGCAAUAAUUUUGUACUGAUGACGCUUCACUACCCAGAUCUGGAUCUUUCUCCUCCGCAGAGGCCUCAUUGUGUUGUAAUUGUGGGGAGGCGCGCGGAGCACGAUCGUCCCCCGCGUGCUUUCUUUUUUUUUUUCGCUUAUUGCUAUUUUUAUAGGGAUACCCAGCGGGAGCCUUUGUGGAGGAGAGAGGAUCUGGAUAGUGCUUCUGAUUGGUCGUGCCGCGUGGGAAAUUUGCUUUAACAAUCAGAAGCAGUACCCAGAUCUGGUAAGUGACACGUCAUCAAUAUGGAAUUUCUACGCUCGUUCCUCAGACGUCAUUUCGCACGGAAACCUGUGGUGGCGUCGCGAAAAAUAUCGGCUGUUUUCUCAGGCUUCCUGUUGAGAUCAUGGAAAACAUUCUUUCUAAAGUAGAUCUUAAACGUAGUAAAUAGAGGAGACUGAUUAUGGAAGCCGGUAAAAAUUAAAGAUGAAAAUAACGGUGCUGCAGUUUAUGUUGGGAACCUCCCUGAUCGUGCACAAUCUUUUGUUUUAGUUCACAAAUUCAACUUCUGUGCGUCAGGGCUCACGUGUAGUUUCACGUGACUUUUUAUGACCUUUGUUGUAAAUAAACCCCGAAAGUAGGCACCUUAAGCAACGGCGACAACGACGGCAGUGAAAACGUCGCUAAAAAAAUUAAUUUGCCUCCUUUCAAACUUAAUCGCGUCUGUUUGGACCCGCUCAAUAUGUCAAAUGCAGGCGACUUUUCCUGAAGUUGAAUUCUGAAGGAUUUUGUUCAGGUUCAAAAUGAGGAAGGAAAAUUCGUCGUCGUAUGUCCACCUCCUCGAUAAAACGUCAAAUUAGGUUUCACCUCGUAUUCGUGCAGUGGACGUCAAAGAAAUGUACUUAAAAGCGUGAUGCACGUGCAGAGCUGUUGUUUUGAUCAUUAAACCAAUCGUAACAGCAAGUGGUAACGUUGCGAGUAUGCGCGAGCCGCUGGACGGAAGUUUGUGGUGGUAUUGGAUCGCAGCGAAUGCAGCAAAGAAAAAUGGCGCCUCUUUUAAAAAUUACCAUCGUCUUAGUCAUCUGUUCUAUCUUUGUGGAGUGCAGAUAAGGCAAAGUCUUCUUUGUAAUAUGCGAGAUUGGUCUCAAGGCUAAUAAGUCGCAGAUCAUUCACAAUUUUGCGCGGUUUGUGGUCCAUAAGUGUUAUUGUUUCGUGUUUUGGCUUGCGUGCGGACACGUUGAUGGGGUUCUGUGUAACAGCUGCAAAACUCCUCUAUUAAACACUGGAUAACUGGGAAAAAAUCUCUUCAUGUAAGUUGUGACCGAGUACAAAACGUCCGACGCUUACGAUUUGAAUAAAACGCUGUGAAAAAAAAUUCUAAAUGCUAGUCUGUUUAUAUAGUCAUAACUGCAGUUCUUGCGACAAUCCCCUUGCAAUAAUACGAUUUCACGUCAGUUAUGGUUCAGAAACGCCCUGUUUUUCAGAGAUGUGCAACCUUAGUGCAGUGAUUCUGCCAGUGAUUACUUUUCAGAGAUACCCCAUUUCUAACCACCAGUGGCCAAAGCAGGUGCAGUGCCCUAAUUCUGCGACUGAUAAAAUUUCAAAGAUAUCCCACCCAGGGCUAUGAAAUUGUAAGUUUCCUUUUUUGACUAGAUGAUAUAAAACUGAAGACCCAAACUCAAGAAAUGACAUCUAUUACAUCUAUGUGAUGCCUUAACUUAUUCAGGGGUGUAGGCAGAAUUUUGUAAUAUGGAGGCUCUUGACUCCAAGAUGCCCCUUAUACUUCUAAAAUAAAGAAUUAGAUGAGCCAAAACAGGAGUGUGGUACAAGAUGUUUCAUAUGAUGUGUUUUAUUGAGGUAACCCUAACCAUGAAAAAUCCUUCUCUUUACUCCCCACACUUCUACAUACUAGAAAAUUGCAAAUAUGCACACAACAGUGAAAAUACUUAAAAUAGUAAAGAUCAUAGUCAUAUCUAAAACUACAUUUUCUCUCUGAGACAUUGAAGUGCAUUUUCUGCUUCUGAUACUUCCAUGCUUGCACUCAUUUUUGCUUUUCAUAAAUUUUGUUGUUGGUAUUUUCUACUGCACAUGUGUUAAUUAUUUAAGAUAUAACUAAUAAGGCCUAGCUCCCUUGACUAGCCCAUAUCUGGGCUAAGAUUAAAAAAUUGAAAAUGAGAGAAAAUUAGCUCUAACUUUUCCUUUUCAUUCAAUUUCAACAUAAGGAGAACUUAAGGAUCGUAAAGCCUGAUAUUUAUAAAGUCUGAGUUUAUGGUAGCUUCAAGUGAGCCAAUGUAUGACUCAUUAAAAUUAAAGCUUGUCUGUGUGUCUUCUGGGGCACCAAGGCUAUUUGAUGCAGUUCAGGAUGGAGUGACAGACCCUUCACAUUCUGCAGACAGCAUAGGGUAAAAUAAAAAACAGAUAGUCGCCAUUUUGUACCAGCUCUGCUAUGGCUUAAGUGAAAAGUGCGACUGGUUUAAAUGUGACGAUGCAGUCGUCCUCAAUGACUAUCACCUGAAUCAACAAGGUUUAGUGCUGAGCAUCUCAUAGGGAGCUCCUGCAACAGGAAAAAGGCAAAUGAAAUUUUUCAUAACUUGUCAUCUUGUGACACCAGGAGCAUCAAUGAGCUUGUUUCAGGGGCAAUUUUACAUAAAUUGCAACUUGUGCAGCCUAUGAUAUAUGACGAUAUACACUACUACAGUGUAUACACAGCCAAACCAACAUUGGCAAGCCAAGUGCUCCUAAAUUCAUUUGCACAAACACUGAAUAUAUGAGACCCAGAGUAUCAAAAGAUCUAUUUCUAUCGGAGAGUGAAAAGUUACCCCUGUGGCAUUUAGUUGUUGCCCACAACUAGUGAUACCCCUUUAGAUAUUUCAGGAUUUCUAAAGUGUCAUGGAUACGAAUUUAUGUUCAAGAAGGAAAGAAAUCUUUUGGAUAGAAAAGGAAUAAUAACAUUUAUGAUUUUUGUAAGCGUACAAAUACAUUGUAUGUGAUGAAGCUAAUUCUUGUGUGGAUGCCAAUGUAAGGAAUCAAAUAGAGGGAUUUCAUGUCCAGUGUUGUCUGUACUUCAAACAGGAAUGGCAGUCAAGCAAGUGCAAAGGUGAACAAGGGCAAGAAUUGUUUUGCGCUUGAACUUGUGCUAGUGUCAAAGUGGGAGUAAUAUUGAAAUGGUCAUAUGAAAAUGCAUUAAAUCACACUUAUUAAAUCACUUUUAUAGUAGGGCAGGGAAAAGAAUGCACAUAUGUGUAUUUUCAUAUUUUAUAUUGAUUUCAGUUAUGUUUUAAGACAUUAUGUAAACAUUUUAAGCAUAACAUUACAAUUCUUUUAGGCGCCAAUUUUGUAUGUAUAAACAAAUCAUCAUUGAAUAAUUAUCAGAAUAAAAUCAUCUUCCAAAUGGUGAGGGUUCUUGUCAGUGAAUCUGAGAGCUUACAGUGCAUGAUUAUUAAAACGCAAAUUCAUCAGUGUUCCCCCCCCUUGGAUGCAAAAUCAAACAUUCAAGAAUGAAAGAGUGUUCCGAAACAAUGCUCUUACAAAUAAGUUUUGUUGGGAUAUACUUUUACAUGUUAACGAAAAAUCUUAAAACAAGGUUGAAAAGGACAAGAAAAAUUUGUCCAUCUUUAACGAAGUUUUAGCAAAUAAUAUUUCAAAAUCCACCGCAUCGAUCUCUUAAUCUCUGAGAAUAAGUAAUCGCCAUAGAACACCAAUGUAAACCAGAAAAGCAAAUUUUCGAAAAUGGAAGGAAACAUCCGACUACGGCCUUACUUGUAAGAGUAGGAAAUUUGCUUGUUGAUUUCAUGCCGCUAAAUAGUAUCAAAAUACUCGAACUUCCCCCCUUUGAAUUAACCAUUAAAAGUGAAAAUACGGAGUGACCGAAAGGGAAGUUUAACCUGUUUAGUCGCUUGUGUGGGAUAUAUAACUGGAUCUCGCUGUACGGUCAGGGUCAAAUACUACAAAAAUACCAGGGUCACAUAACUUACGUUGAAUUCAAGUUGCUAUAAUUUUAACACAUAACAUUUGAUGAUGCUGCUCCACAUUUCAAAAAGUAAAUCAAGGGGUAUAUCUUACCUAAAUGUUAGGCAGCUCUGCAGAUCGUGGACAAUAACCCAGAAAUCCGUGACCGCUUGAAUGUCAACAAAUCAACAUAUCACAACAAGCGACCUCGUGAACGCUUUAUCUGCUUCAUCAGAGGAGCCAAAUGGACGAAAAUUAACCACCUAAAUGGUCCUUCUCCCAUACAUGACACUUCAACAUAGCUUAGCCAAAGUAUCCAAUCUAUAAGACAUGUCUGUUGUCGAUUGGGUAUGCAAAAAAAUCUCCCUUGAAAGUGCUUCAGGACGGCUUUCGGCCAUUACGAUUUCCCGACAGCAAGUGCUUCCAAGCAAGCUUGACGCAUGCGCAAACGUUACCACUUGCUGUUACCAAUCGUUAUUUGAAGUUGUCGUUGUGGCCGUCGUCGUAGUUGCUUAAACUCUCUAGUUCUAGCCUCCCACGCAGACAUUCUUAGGGGAUCGUCACACGUUCUUGUGUGACGAACCCCCUAAGAACGUCUGCGUGGGAGGCUACGAAAGUUCGGACAUCCGUUCUCUGCCACAUACUGUAUUUGUACGAACUACGAGUCGCUAUUUCAAGUCGUGUUAAUUCAUAAAUUUUAUUUCCCUUUCGCUGUUUGAAACUCGAAUAGUUUAAGGUUCAAAACUGUCAAAGCAGCAGAAUAAGGGCGAUUUUAAGGCGAAGAGCAUGGCAGAACUGCAGGAACGAGGAGGGCUUGUAGUGAGAAUUCCCGCCUCAGCAGCUGAGACGGUUUUAACAUUGGAACUAAACUUCGAAAGAUUAAAACCGGUGAUGUAGGCAAAUUUUCUAAUACAUACAUAAUUCCAUUUCAAAAUUCAUGGUCACACGCUAUUAAUUUCCAAUCCAUUUUCGCUAUAAAGACCGUUUGGCUAAGGGUUGUUUGACAUUAUAUUUUCAACUGUAUGCUACGGCAAACAGGGCUCGACACUUUUGAUGACGGUUAUGUUGGUUAUUUACUAACUGCUGAGUUGAGUCAAGAGGCUGUUCAUAUAUCUGUUAUAUACCUGUAGCACAAAAGUGCAGGCUUCUGUGAACAUGUACUGGCUUUGUAUUUCAACGUGUAGAGACAAACGGAGGCAGUGUACUUCAGGCAAGAUAAGCAUAUAUUUACGUGUUUAGAAGGCGGUCGAGACAAAAAUGUAAGCACAUUGUGGUAUCAUGAAUUAUAGUGUGUCUGCAUUAUUAGAUCCACCGGGCAAAACCAUUCUUUCGACUGCAGAGGAGAUUUCCACUCGCUUGUUAAACUCCAUAUUCCGGCGAAUAUUUGUUCUCGAGGCAGUUAAGUCACUCCUGAUCGAUCUUCUGCUUUGACAUUUUAAAUCUUAAACUAUUCGAUUUUCAAACAGCGAAAGGGGAGGAAAAUAUACUAGCAGUAGCCGUUGGCUAGGAAGUGCGGGCAAAGAUGUGAUUGAUGAAAACCGCUUUCAUAACUGUGUCGGUGAAUCAGAGAAAGCCCUUCUCACCAAGGUUUUAGCCAGAAGGGUGUCCAGCCGUCCUAUGGACGGCCAUUUUUGGAAGAAAUACAAGGAAAAUGUACUUAAUCUCUUAUAAUUUUAUGGGAAAACAUGCCUUCUGGACGGCCAGUUCUCAAUGUCUGGCUAAAAGCCUGCUUCUCACACACCUCUGGAAGCCAUUGUCAAGCUGGCCGCCGCCAACUGACUAUUUAAUUUCUAAAACCAACUCAGCGUAAGAUUAUACGUAAUGUAGGCAAAAUACAGUAAUAUGAAACAACAGAUAUAAGCUUAGUAAGAAUCUAUGCUGACAAUCUUAAUAAAGAAUAUCUAAUCAACAGAGUGUAUGUUUUCAACUCAAACGAAGAGUUGGAUGGGAACUGGGGCUCUGAAUUUUCGUCAGCAAUGGUGGACAGCAAAAACGCAACCGACACUGAGCACGUGACUCAAAACAACCCCUCGGGUCCAGGCCCCAGCGGUUUGUGAGAAAACAUUUUCCACUUAUUUCUUUCCUCAGCUAGUGGAAAAUACAACUUCUCACACACCUCUGGGAGCCAUUGUCAAGCUGACCGCCACAAAUUACAAAGCAUAG